AUGUCUGCAGAGGCAAAACUAAGGUAUAAGCUCAAUAAGAAAAUCAAAAUACCUGUUGGAAAUUCUAAGUUUUCCAAUAAUGGAAGAAAGAAGGCUGACAGUACUACUCUCUAUGACAGUGAGAAGGGUAAGAAGGGGAACCUUAAACCACUUGUAACUGGUAAAAAGUUUCAUGCUACUGAAGAAGGGAGUCGGGGAGUUCUUGAUAAAAGGGAAAAGUUUAAUUCUGUGAAUUCUGAUAGGAGAAGGAAGAGAAUCUAUGGUGACCAGGAUGCAGCUGGGGAGACCAUGCGUUUUAGUAAUUCAGAGGCACCUUAUAGGAAGGCUUUAUCUAGGAAAGGACAGAACCAAGUAAAGGAUAGUUCUUUUGACAAUGAAAACAAUGUCAGUAGAUCUAAGUUGCGUCCUCGGCCUACGUGGGGUUCUAAUGGAUUGCAGAGAACUGCUUUUGGAACUAAACGUUUUUCUCCUACAAGUCCAAAAGUUUCCAACAAAACCAAAAUUAAGGAUGAUUUUGUAAAUGAAAAGAACAACAGUAGAUCUCCCUUGCAUCCUCGGUCUAUCUGGGGUUCUAAUGGAUUAGAGAAUGCUGCUUCUGAAACUAAACGUUUUUCUUCCAAGGAUAGACGUGCAAAACAGGUUGAUAAUCAGGCUAGUGCACUGAAGAAACAUAACAAAUUCAAGCCUGACUUGAGCAAUCGUUUGGAUCCAAGUUGUGAAAGUUCCCCGCAUAUUUCUUUUUCAAAUUCUGCCAAGAGGAAACUGCGGGACAAGAAAAUCUUGGAUGAAGAAUCACAGGUGAUAGAUGGUCAGCCAAAGAAGAGGAAGCGAAUUCGAUUAGAUCCACAUGAUAUCUCAAAUAAACGAUUUGAUGAUACCAUUGUUAUUAACGAAAGCACAAAGGAGAAGGAAAAAGAUGAGGUGGAAAAGGCUGAAAUCUCAAAAAAUGCACAAUUUCGUGCAAUACAACCAAGCCCCUCAAUCCUCAAAUAUGUGGAAGAUAAUUUGUUGGGUCGUAGACGCAUGAUAGAGCUGAGGAGGGCAGGAUACAACACUGAGCUUUCUGCCCCAUUGGAUAAUAUUCCUUCCUCUACCAGCUCAGAAAGAGAGAGUAUUGAGGAAAAUAUAUUUAAGAAUAAAUUGACAUUUUUUGCCGCUGCAAAAGUUUCAUCAUCAUUUCCACCUCCUGACCUUCCAGAGAUUGCAUUUGCAGGAAGGUCAAAUGUUGGGAAAUCAUCACUACUUAAUGCACUUACCAGACAAUGGGGUGUUGUACGAACAUCAGACAAGCCUGGUCUCACUCAGACUAUUAAUUUCUUCAAUCUAGGAUCAAAGCUCUCCUUGGUUGAUUUGCCUGGAUAUGGUUUUGCUUAUGCUAAAGAAGAAGUUAAGGAUGCUUGGGUGGAGCUUGUAAAGGAGUAUGUUUCCACAAGAGUUGGUCUAAAACGAGUGUGUUUACUUAUUGAUACAAAAUGGGGAAUGAAGCCAAGGGAUCAUGAACUCAUUGACUUGAUGGAAAGAGCUCAGACUAAAUAUCAGAUUUUAUUAACGAAGACAGAUACGGUUUUCCCGAUUGAUGUGGCACGUCGUGCAAUGCAAAUAGAAGAGAGCCUGAAAGCAAAUAAGUCGUUGGUCCAACCUGCGGUGAUGGUGAGCUCGAAAUCUGGAGCUGGCAUACGAAGUUUAAGAACAGUGCUAGCGAAGAUUGCUCGAGUGGCCAAAGUCUAA